AAGCUCUGAGAACUCUCUCUCUCUCUCUCUCUCUCUCUCUUAUGGCUUCAAACUCCGGCGCCACCACCCUCCACUCACCGCCCUACGGAUCCGACCCGACAACACCAAACACAACCUUCGUCCAAGCCGACCCAUCAAACUUCCGGGCGGUGGUCCAGAAGCUAACCGGAGCAUCCGAAGACCCAUCAGCUCAAAAACUCCCCCUCACUCUCCCGUCACGUCUUGCAGCCCAAAACCACCGCCUUACCGCCGCCACCACCGCCGCCGCAGCGGAGGUAAUAGGACCGAAGAAACCAAACUUCAAACUCCACGAGCGGCGGAACGCGGCGGCGAAGAAGCUAGAACUAAGCAUCGGCGUUUCGGAGAGACCCAUGAUGAUGAUGUUCAACAGCAACAACAACAACAUAAACACGAACAUGAACAUGUCACCUUGUUCGUACGUUAGAAGCAGAGCAUUGAUGGGCGAAACCAUGUUGAUGGCUUCACCAGUGUCACCAUUGGAAGUGUUGGCGCGUGGAAGCCCACGAACACCGAUUUCACCACACGAAGAAGAAGAAGAAAGAGCAAUUGCAGAGAAAGGGUUCUACUUGCAUCCAAGUCCACUUUCAACACCAAGAGCUUCUCAACCACCUGAGCUAUUGCCACUUUUUCCUUUGCAUUCUCCCACUCACAAAAACACCACUUCUUCUUAAUCCUAAUCAUGUCUUAUUUUUUUUUUAGU